AUGUUUCGUUGGACGACAAUAUUUUGGCGCUUGGGUAAUGGUGGAUCGUUUGCCGAAGUUUUAUGUCCUGCAGCAUCAAACUUUUGCAUGAAAAGGCAUUUUGCAAUUCAGUACAACGAAGAUAUCAUUGAGAAAACAUGUGGUCAAAACUCGCAAUGUUACAAAGUCGGAAAUGGCUGUCACUAUGAUUCUGAUAACGCGGCAGAAUAUUGUUGCUGUGAUACGGACAGUUGUAAUGGCGCAACUGUCACAACUACUGCUUUCUCUCUCCUUAUUGGAAUUGUUUCAUGCGUCAUUUGCACCACUUUCAUACAUAUGUUAUUCUAA